AUGUACCCCAGUCACCGACGAUCCAGGACAAUGUACAACACCGUACCUGAAAGUGCGGGUUAUUUGGACGCCCUCCAGCCGCAAGACAUGGGAGGCCUGACCGGCAUUUCCAACGGCGCUGCAUCGAAUUCUGAUCUCACGAGUCUUCAACAGUGGGACUUGAUGCUGCCCAGGGAUCAGCGUGAUUUUUUAGCACCCGAAAAUUGUCCCUCGACACGACGAGGAUCGCUAGGAGCAGACACAUUCGGCUCCCCAUUUGCAUGGUCCACUGUCUCCAACACUGAUAUCCUCUCAACAUCUUCUCACCUCUCCUUUGAACCGUCGACCUGCUCUGAAGCCAACACGCCUUUCAUGCAAGCGUAUGAUCCUUCAGGCACCUUGCCAGCCGCGAUCAACACCCCAAGCAUGUCGGGAUAUGAUCCCCAGCAGAUCGGCAAAUGGUGCAUUGACAGCACGCCCGGGGAACUCUACCAGUCCCCCUCCUUCCAAAACAUGGCUCCCAUGGUCCCGACAGAGCCCUACUUGGCCUUCGAUGUGAAUCCCAACGAACAAUGGCUCCCCACAGGCCCAACCUCCGCCCCGCUUCCCGACUCUAUCCCAGAGGCCUUCUUCUCAAUCCCACGCUCAACCCCAAACAUCAACCUAUACCCCUCCACCGCAACAACAGUCUCAGUAUCCCCCUCACCACCCCGCUCUUUCUCUGACCCCGACUCUCCGCCACAAAGCUUUGCCUCCAACGCAAGCGACUUGAGCAACUAUGGUAUCCCGACGAGUGAUGGUCUUUGGCGCUGCGCCCAUCCAGGAUGCUCCUCACAACUCCUCUUCAAACGAGGCUGUGAUCUGAGGAAGCAUUUCAACCGCCAUCGGAAGUAUCUCUUCUGUCGGUACGAGAAGUGUCCUCAGUCCUCGCAGAAUGGGUUCAGCAGCAAGAAGGACCGUGCCCGUCAUGAAGCAAAGCAUAACCCAGGUGUACUUUGCGAAUGGGAUGGUUGUGGAAAAGUCUUCAGUCGAGUCGACAACAUGAAGGAUCAUGUUAGACGUAUCCACCGGAAGGGAGAGGCUGGAAAAGGAUGA